UCACAGUUGAAUUUUGUGUUCCUGCAGAAUAACAAAUUAACCAACAAUGAAGGCCUUCAUCGCUCUAUUACUAGCCACUGUGGCGAUAGCCGUCGAAGGAUCUGCCGUAUCCACAGUUUGGCCAUCUCACUACGGCGGAUGGAACUCUUGGAAUGGAUGGAACGGUUGGAAUGGAUGGAAUGGAUGGAAUGACCAUGGUGCGCUAGCUUACCCAUAUGCCAAAUCGUGGUCAUCCUCCUGGCAGGGCGCUCCGCUGUACAAAGGCUGGGGCGGAUAUUACAACGGCGCCAAUUCAUGGGGUCUUCCCUGGGGAAGCUAUGGAAAUGGUUGGGGACAUCACGGUGUUGUGAAAACUGUUGUUCCGGCCAAGACAAACUACUGGGGAGCACCAUGGGGAUCGUACGGAUCAGGAGCCUACGGCUGGGGAUACUAGGGAGAGGCUGAUUUCAAGGCACGAUUCUAUAUGAUGGAAAAUUCUGUAAAUAAAAAGUUU